AUGAGUUUAACCUCACGCCUACCUGUGCUUAUUGUUGGAGCAGGCCCAUCGGGCCUGGUGUUGGCCUUGACUCUCGCUCAGAAUGGAAUCCAAGUCCGAAUUAUUGAGAUGGAGCAGCAGUAUCACCUCGGCCAACGUGGGGCCGGGAUUCAACCUAGGACCCUUGAGGUUUAUAACUUCCUAGGCGUACUGCCUGAUAUCUAUGCGCGAGGAAUCCCUCUCAUGCAAAUGCGUACCUAUAAGCUUCCCGGAGGAGUCGAGCCUCUCGAGACGUUUUAUAUGGUGCCAUCGGAAGAACCGACACCUUCAGUGCCGUUUAUGAAUACGUGGCUCCUUGCGCAACCCACGGCAGAGGAGAUCUUGCGCAGCCAUUUGGAUAAGUAUGAUUGUCAUGUAGAGCUUGGCACAGAGCUGCGCACCUUUGAGCAACAUGAUGGCCAUGUAGUUGCUCAUAUUGUGAAGAGAGCCGGACAAGAGGAGGUUCAGGAGACAGUAGAAUGUCACUGGCUGGUCGGGGCUGAUGGUGCUAAAAGCAUUGUUAGGAAGCAGCUAGGCUUAACAUUCCUAGGUGAAACCAUGCCACAGCAGACCAUUUUUGGUGAAAUCGAAGUGAACAAUCUCACUCAAGAGGCAAGUUAUCAUUAUGCCAGCUAUUGGCAUGCUUGGAGAGAUGCCCCGUCUACGCUGGUGAUGCUUCGACCCACAGAAAAGGACAGAGUGUUCACCUUUGCCGUCAGAGGAGGCGAUAAACACGCUCUAAUUAUGUCAGAUGACGCUGCAUUAGUCCAAGCCCUGCGAGAGGGAACACAGAGAGACGAUAUAGACUUCGGUAGGACAGUUUGGAAAACUGAUUACAGAGCGAAUGUUCGAAUGGUAAAUAAAUUCGGCGAAGGCUGUGUUUUUGUCGUUGGAGAUGCUGCCCAUGUACAUACCCCAGCUGGUGGGCAGGGGAUGAACACCGGUGUACAGGAUGCCUUCAAUCUAGGCUGGAAACUUGCCCUCGUCGAGAAAGGGCUUGCGACUUCAUCCCUCCUGUCUACCUUCUCUGAGGAGCGUAUCCCUGUGAUUCGCCACAUGCUCGGCGAGACAACAAAGCUUUACAAUAGUACUCUCAAUGCUUUGCGCGAAACUAAAAGCGCCACAGCGGGAUGGUUUCGGGGUGCACAGCUAAAGCAGCUCGGUGUGAAUUACCGCUGGAGCUCCAUUGUCGUCGACGAACGCAAUCCCCCAAAGACUGGGGAAGACUGCGAGCCGCUAGAUGCGUAUGGGGUGGACGGAGGUGUCGGACUUAGAGCGGGAGAUAGGGCUCCUGAUGCUCCUGGUUUAGUGUCCGUGAGCACGGGCGCCGACGCCAAGUUGACCUCUCUUUUCCGCACGUUCGGGUCGACUCACCACACCGUCCUCCUUUUUACUCCCGACCCUGCGAACCUCACUCUGGCGCUCCAGUCGUUGAAGGCCCACCCUGCGGGGCUAGUCCUCUCGGCGAUCGUGUACCCUAAGGACGCAUCCAACACCUUGGUCAUUGAUCAAGUGGAUAGAUGUUUUGUUGACGGAGAGGGGCAUGCCUCCAUGGCUUAUGGAAUUUCCGCGCAGGAGACGGCGAUUGUGAUCGUUAGACCUGACGGCAUUAUUGGUGGAAUUGUGCGCGGGGUGGAUGGUCUGAAAACAUACUUUCGGAAUGUCUUUUCGACAAUCGCUUGA